AUGAGUGAUCAUCACCACCAGAACCCCAUACCAACUCCCCAUGUGCCAUUGCACACUCAGAAUAUACUGGAAGAAGACAGAAUUAGCCGUGAUAUUGCUUCCUUUUUGAGCCUGUCCGAUGUUUUUACGGCGCAUGUAACGCGUCGCAACAAAGAAGAAUCAUCUUCGGAAACCAAUGCACCUCUGGGGAACUCGCCUCCCGUCCUACAAAGUCCAUCCUUGUUUGCCACCACAUUCAAGAAUCAACAGGACGAAGAAGACCAUCUACUCACAGCGCAAGGACAAGAUGAAGCAAUGCUGCAAAACAUGCGCCAUGCCAUGACCCAAGAAAAACUAGCAGCUGCCAUAUUUUCUCAUCCAGGCUCGCUUCGAUCCUUUUGUCGCGAGGUAUUGGAGGAAGCUCGGAACAUUGUACGCACUGACUCCAAUUCCCGCAACGAAUUGCUACUAAUCAAGCAACAGCGAAGCGAAAAUGAACCAUGGAUUCUUAUGCUGGUCGAUCUCGUGCUCCAAAAUGUGCCACUGUCCGUCUUUUUGGAUUUGGUCGAGGGAUCGAUAGAGAUAUCACUUGACACUGGUUUCGCAAUCAUUCACAUUUCUUCCAAAGUCGUUAAUGGCUGCGUGACAUCGCUGGUCGAUUUGUUGGCAUCGACUGCUACUGCCAUUUCCCAAUACCAUCCAUUGGAACUUGUACAAAUAGUAGUCACGAGACCUUUCAAUGCCAUGGGGAAAACGACCGAAGUAGUAGUCGGAGGCAUUCAAUCUGUGGCCACCGUGGCGGGAUCCGCCAGUUCCAUGGCCUUGAGAAAUUUGUCCAGCAAGGCAACGCCAGCGGGAUCCAAACAAAGCACGCAAUUUUUGAAUACUCUUGUCAAUGGACGGGUCAACACCAAACUUCUCAACAAACUGUCAUCCUUGAACUCGACCGCACCCGUAGUCUCAUACACGGAGAUUGCCGACGAUACGGGUGGUUUGUCGAGACACGCCAAGAGUCGGGUCCAGCGCAUGAUGCAUUACGAAAUUAACCUUCGACCCUUUGUGGCCACAGUCAAGUUGCCUCAAGCUGGUGGUGAUGGAGGGUUUGGCGGUCCACGACAGCAUUCCUUGUCGACAAGCUCGGUGGAUACCGUGGGGAGUCAAAAUAGUGUCGUGAUGGAAGCCACAGCAGCCACCAUAACUCCACCCUCUCCCGGCUCUCCCUUCAUGUGCACACCCCAAUCCUUCCCGGCCACUCCGGCAUCCCGCAAACGAGUAUUGGCACGUGGAAGUCGGUUUGCGGACGAUGUCAUUUUCUUGGUACGAGAUCAAUUGAGGGUCCACAAUGGGCUCGACAGCAAAGAUGAACGAACGAGGGAAAUGGCCAAGGCCUUGGCGGAAGGGCGGCGAUUGGCCGUCUUUGAUGCGGACGAUGCUUCCGCGGGGAUUGAUUUGACGUGUGGACAACACGUAGCCACCAAGGUGGGGAACAUGUUGUACGGAUCGACCAGGAGUAUGGUGCCAAUCUUGCGAAAUUGUUUUGUCUAUUUUGAAAUGACGGUAUUGCCGCGACAUGGAGGAACCUUGAUUCCUCAAGCAAGCAUGGCAACCUUGUCCAUUGGACUAUCCACCAAGGAAAUGCCCAAUAACACAUUGGUGGGUGCCUGGCAAGGGUCGGUUGGCUUGUGUACCACCGGGCAAUUAUUGACAGCUGGUCAAUGGUGCAGUCCUGUGGAUCCAUCAGCCACUGCUUAUGGAGAUCGGGCGACAGUUGGGUGUCUAGUCUGUCUUGACGAUGGAUCAGCCUUUGAAACUUGGGAUACUGUCGUGGUGACGGCAGCUGUUACCUUUACGGUAAAUGGUAACAUUGUCAGUCCACCCUUGUCCGCGCAACCAUUUCCCUCCUCAUCGGGAGAGCCGCUUCCGGCAUCCCCGCCGCCUCCUCCAAUUCCUCCCAGCAUAUCGCCACCAGCAGCUCCGCCAUCCUUUACCUUGCCGCUCUUGGUGCCCGCGGAAGAAGAGCUCUAUCCUACUGUGACGUUACACAGUCCAGGUGUGGCUGUCUUAUCACGGUUCAGUGCAGGGGAUCUCGUUUCCACUUCGCGAAGAGCAAUUGGAGCACCAACUGGUGUCACUGUCUAUUGUGUGGAUGGGAGUGUCAUUCUCAACGAAACAGACGAGUAA